AUGGCGCCGAUCUUCCCGCCACUCAAGAACAACUCGGGGGCCCGGACAUCGGAUAGCAAGCCCAGCAAGAGCAAGAGCCCCAAGGCGCUGGACUACAAGAAGUGGGGCAACGUCAAGACGUGGACGUUCGCUCAGCUUCUGGCCAGUUCCUUCGCCAAGGUGUCGCUCGAGGACGCCAUGAAGAACGGUGGCAAUUCCCUCAAGGGCAACAAAAAGCCCACGAGUGGCAACAACGACUGGGACUGUUCCUACAGUUGCCUCAAGCCUCCGUCCGGAGUGUCAUCGUCGUCAAGUACAGUGCCUUCAGAGGCAGAUACCAAGGCGUCGAGUGGCACUAAUGACUGGGACUGUUCGUACAGCAGUCUCAAGCCAGUAGCAUCAUGCCUGACGAUCUCAGCGUCGUCGUCUUCGAGUACGCUGCUGUCGGAUGCAGAGACGAACCAUCUCAGACACUCGAUCGAGGAGCUACUGGAGCUCGCACAGACCGUCGAAGAAGAGUCAGAGGAAGAAGGACGUGAUCUGACACGGUACGUGUUCGACAUCGUCCGCAUCAUUGGCUCGGGGUCGUACGGUACAGUGCUGCUGUGUCGCUUGCGAGCUUGUCCCAAUCGUCUUUUCGCGGUCAAGGUCGUGUACAAGUCGAAACUCAGCUGUAUCAACGGUCUCGAUGGCGACAGGAAUGCCACGCGUGAAGCUCGGCGGCUACUGACGGAGAAGAAGGUUCUCUGCUCGGUGAGUCAUCCUUUCAUUACCAAGAUGUACUGCUCGUUCGAGACUCCGGACGCUCUCAACUUUGUGCUCGAAUAUUGUCCUGGGGGCGACAUGUACUUCCUGCUCGAGAAAUUCGCCAAGAACCGCCUUCCAGAAGACCAUGUGCUGUUCUACGCCGCCUCCAUCGCAUUAGCGUUGCGUUACCUGCACGAACGUGGCAUCUUGUACCGUGAUCUUAAGCCUGAGAACAUCUUGCUGGACGAGGCGGGUUUCGUACGUCUAGCUGACUUUGGCUUUGCACGCGAGCGGAUGACCCGGUCGGAGCAAAGCUGCAAGAGUUUCUGCGGGUCAGCAGACUAUAUCGCACCUGAGGUGGUGCGUGGCGAUGGCUACGGUCUGGCUGCUGACCUCUGGAGCUUCGGCUGCGUCGUGUACGAGUUGCUGACGGGUUAUCCGCCGUUCUACUCGCCACGCGACCGUGCUUCGCUGUUCCGAAAGAUUGGAGAGGACGAACCUAGCUUCCCGACCCACUUCUCGCCUGAUCUCUGCGACUUUAUCUCCGGACUACUGCAUAAGGAUGCGAACCAGCGUCUGGGUAAUGGCUCGAACGGAAUGCAGGAGAUCUUUGAUCAUCCGUUCUUCGCUAAUAUAAGCUGGCACCGUCUCGAGACGAAGCAGGUAGCUCCACCGAUCGUCCCAACGUUGGCCAGCGAGUUGGACACGUCCAACUUUGAAGACCAGUUCACGUCGCAACAAGUCGAAGGCCACCUUGUGUAUGAAGAGCGGGAACCACAGUGUACUGUGUCGGACGAGGAAGAAAACAGCUUUUACUUCGGCGACUUUGACUGGUGCGCUGAUGCAUCUCAUUUCCAGUAA